CGAAGAUUUAACCCUCGCCUGUUCGCAGGUUGCGUAACCUUGGCAACCGAAGAUGCCAUGACAGCAAAACAAGAUGGACGACGAAAAAGAAGAGCAAGUUUUAAGAAAGUCGAGACAUCCCGUUGUUUUUGUAAACCAUGUCGAUACUUAUGUUGGAAAGAGUAUAAGCAAGGUAAACUUGAAAAAUCUCAUCCUCAUUUUGCCCUCUUUUGCGACAAGUAGUAGUUUUGAAUGGUUUAUAUAUACUGUUUAUAAUAAAAGGCCACCAAGCUCACAAGCUGAUGUUUUUGUAAUUUGGUUAAAUAUAAUUUAGGUUUUCGCGGGUUCAAUUGUUGGUGCAAACUCAGAGGCAGCUGACAAUGAGUCACAGGCGAGUUAUCAAACGCCAGGAGGAAAGAAAGAUAAUUAUUAUAAAGUCGUUGGUACAAUAUUUGAUCCGGAGAAAAAUGAAAAACCCGCCUGGGUUCAGGAAGGUUACAAGGUGUGCUUUAUGUGUGUAUUAAAUUUUACCAUACCUGAUGAACGUUAAUGAAUGCCGAAGACAGUCCUGACUGGAAAGUUUGGAACUUUCACACCCAAAAUUUUGAAAAUUUAAUAAUAAAUAUAUAGAAAGACUAGAAACAUCAAAAUUGGGUUGUUCCAGAAAAGACCCACACUCCCCCCACGGAGGAAAUAUCAGCUGUCUGGAGGGGGAGGGGGGGAAAAUUAGUUUCUGAUAAUAGUAAGUGACAGUAUGGAAAGUUUGUUUUGCGCAACCGAGAUAUCGGACGCACAAUUUUGAUACUUUCCAUAUAUUUACUAUUAAAUUUUCAAAAUCUCGGCCGCACAAUAAUUUCCAAACUAAGCGUAUUAUGACAUCUCAAUAUAAUGUUGUGCUCUCUUCAUUGUUUAAGUAUGCUAAAAAAGAAGAGUUACUCCAACACAUCCUUCAAAGUGAUAUUAUUAUAUAUGACAUCAUCAGUCAACCUGAACAAGUAGAUGAAGCUACAUGGGCAGUAUCAGGUGUGUAACAACAGAAAGCUUAGGCAAGCAUCUUUGACAACACAUAUACCAACUGGAGGUCAACCAACCAAGUCUUACAAUUGUAAUUUUAAACAAGAACAGCUGUCGCCAUCACUCGAUCACCAUCUAUUACGGCUUGAUUGCCUUCCAGUUAGCACCAUCUGUGUUGUCAAGAACUUCAGUUACUUAAAAUCUAUAAUUUAUGUCAGUGCUAGUGUAGGUAGUGAUGAUAAGGUAGCUACGGGAAAUUAGCAGCUUCCGACCAAGAGCCAACAAAGUUAGAUUCUUAUGUUUUUUAAAUAAAGUUGUAUCUUGCUCAAUCUACAGCUGUCCUAAACAGAACAAUACUUAGAUUCCAUUGUAGCACAAUUAGCCAUUCAUUAAAAAGACCACCUCAACAUUAGUAAGUGUACAAAGUUUGAAGACGUUUACACGAAUACCCUUUGAAUAAUAAGCUUUUGAAAAUCCCGAUAUUUACUAUGAAAUGUACGUACUGCAAAUUUUUGUUUUGGGGGACACACGUUCCAAAAACAGUCUUUUAAAAAUUAAUCAGUAGUUUCACAAUUUUCGAAAGCUUAUUAUUCGGAGGGUAUUCAUGUAAACGUCUUCAAACUUUGUAUACUUACUAAUUUUGAGGUGGUCUUUUUAGUGAUUUGGUUCAUUUCUUAAUUUGGGCACUUUUUAACAUAAAUUUGUCCCCAGUCCACUCAUCAACUUCGGAAUGGCUAAUUGUGUAAAUUUGGCAAUUGCUGACCCAGGGAGUGUGCACUUUCUUGAGCUUUCAAAUACAAAUAUACCUGAAACUGCUGACUGGGCCUGAACAGAAAACUGAACACAAAUAUGCUAUUCCUAAAUUAUGACCACAGUAUAAUUGUUCUUUAGCUCUUCAUGCAGAAAUUGAGAACUUUGUUUCUCCAAAGAUUUUCAUUUGUCUGUCAUCAAUAAUGACCUGGGCAAGGACAAAACCACUUGAUCCGGUAAGUGCAUAUACACUGUAAUGUCACAAUAUUUAAGAAUUAGAUUUCCCUUGAUGAUUCUGAGUGAUGCUGAAAUGGUGGUAGCUAGCAGACUAAAUCAUUGAUUGAAUAGACCUUUCCCCUUUUAAGUGAAAUUUUGAUCUAGACAAGACAGUCUGGACAUCAGUUUGAUCAUCUGAUUAUCAAUUUCCCGUUAUCAAUUUCCCAUUUGUAAUGCAAAAGGACUGAAAAACGGCAAACUUCGCAAGGCUAUAUUAUCCGCAUUUUACAACAUUUCGCAACGAAACUUCGGAAUAUUACUAAUUUUGUGAUGCUCUUUCAAGCUGUGAUGAAAUUUUUGUCCAGGCAUAUCUAGAUCAAAAUUGCACUCAUUAGGGCAAAGGUCUAUUGGGCCACCCAACUUUUCUUCCAAAUACCCUUUCUCCCUCAUAAGUAAUAAAUUAAAACAAUGGAAAAGUGCCCAAUCUCCAUAUUGCUUCCUACGUUCCUGUCAAUUUACGAAAUAAUGUAGCUUUUCAUAGCAAACAGGCAGCAACCACAGGCAUCUCUUCACACAGGUAUAUGUACGCCUAGCGUACCUAUUUUUUCGUAUUACUGAAAAAAAGAUAUAAACUAUUGGUUCAACAUGAGUUUCAGACCUUCACUCAGAUUACGUUACUAGGUAACUCAUUAUAAGUUAGAACAAUUUCUUGGAAAAAUGAAUAAGUUCAGUUAAAAUCUGGAAUACUGCAAUUUGCGUUUGAAGCGUGCAAAACGCUUUUGUUUACGUUAUAAACGCAACGUUUCCGAGGGUUUUUACGUCCGUUGUCGAGUCGCGUCGGGUGUAUCGGCUCGGUCUUGAAACGUAGCGUUUAAAACGCAAACAAACAUGAAAAGUUCUGCACGCUUCAAGCUUUCAUCAAGAACGCAAAUGGCAGUAUUGACCACAAACGCUUAUCUGUACUGUUUAUAAUAAAUUGUUGAAAUGUGGUUUUGCUAAAAAGCAAUUAUUAUAAAUAUAUAAAUAUGAUUUAGAAAUUAUAAACGUGUCUGUGCGUAGAAAAUGCACCGCCCGGAUUGAAGAAGUUUUUGAGAGCCACUGGACUUUUUGAAUUUUUGGAUCUUCUUUCCUCAUUGCCAAAAUUGAUAAAUUAUGUUAUUACGCGAGAAUUUUGUUUCACGAGAAAACAUUUCACGGGAAAAGUAACCGCAGGUUUUCAUUUUGCGGGUUUUCCAUCUGAUUGGGAACACGCGUAUAAAUCUCGCUCUUCAUUACCGCUGUCUUAGAAUUGGAAUCGAAGCAAAUAACGCGUACGUUGCGUUAAUUGUUAUGAUCUUUGUUAUGGGUCUUAACCCAUUAAGCGCCAGCACUUUCCCUUUGACGGGUAAAAGGAAAUAAAGUAGGGCGCGUUAGGGCGUAAUGCAACUUAAUGGUUUAGCUAGACACAUAGGCACAUAGUCUGAUCAAUCACACUAGCGCUUUCCUUUGACGAGUAAAAUCGCCUGGAGUAAGAUAAUAAGGUAGGGCACUUGGAAGUGGGACACUUUUUGUGUUUUGACUGUAAAUACUUGCGAAGACAUUUACCAUGUCAUAGUGAUAGUGAGUUUGAUAGUGAGUAAAUGACGUCACAAGGCAGUUAUAAUUAGUUUGCACAAAAGGAGACGUUAGAUAUUGAGAAACAAAAGACGUCAUGAUUGUCAAUUUCGAAACGAUAUUUCACGAAAACCAAAAUUAACAAAGAACACUCACUAGACAAUAAAUCUGAAAAUCUCUAACCACAUAUAACAUCAUGCAUGUGGACAUUUUUAACACUAUACCUCAACUCCAGAAUUUCUAUUUAAUAACUCUAAGAUUGUAGACAGAUCGAAUCAUUGGUCCUUAUUGUUUUAGUUUGAAAUAAUGGCUUGCCAUUCGUCGUUUCAAACCUGACCUUAAUCACGGUACUAAGGCAACAAAGACUUCACAAUAUUUAACUAAUUCGUUGUUAUUAUAUGUAUGUAUAUAUCAAAUUACUUUAAUCUUCACCUAUAAAUAUCCUCGUAAUGUAACCUAGCGUCAUUUUUGAUGAUGGCUAGAAACAUAGUCGAAAGCUAGAAAAUAUUAAAAUGUUCAUAUUCGGAGUUAUACCGUUGUUUGUAUUUUAUAGCAGCAGUGGUGGAUUUAGGGGGGGUGCGCACCCCCCCCCAGGCUCUGGUCAACAGGGGUGCAUGGGCGGGGGGUGCAAAAAUGACAUUUAUCCUAAUUCUAACCAACUUAUGUUAAGGAAUUCAGUUGCGUAUCACUAGUUGACAACACCGGAAUAGCCAAUAUUAAAUAUUCUGAAUUUUUAAAUGUUUUGAGAAUCUAAAAAUUUUCCAGAAUGUUUUCUCAGAAUGCUGGAAAUGCCAUUUCAGAGACCCAAGUUUUAAAAAUUUUCCGGGGGACUAUGCCCCCAGACCACCCUAGAAAUCUCGCGCCUUCGGCGCUCGUUUCGCCAUUGGUUAGCACCCCCCCCCCAAAAAAAACUUUGCUGGAUCCACCACUGUAUAGCAGUAGUAACUUUAUUUAAAUGUAGGAUAACCCAUUCACCCACAAAGUUGGUAUUCAUAUAGGGGUCCUGUGCAAGUUUGAAUUUUAUUUCCAGGAAGAACCAGAUAUUCCGUUCACAGAAGACGACUACCGCAGACGUCGCGCUCACCCAAACUUCAGACCUCACAUCAGCACAGAAAAGCUUGUGAUAAAACUGGGCAAAACUGCUAAGACCAAGCUGUCCACGUUCGUGGUAGCCAGUGGCUUAUUGUACGGUGCAGGAGAAGAAAUAUUUCAUUCGUUGUUCAAAGCUGCAUGGCACGGAAAUCAACCCGCCUUGCAGUGUUACGGUAAUGGACAGAAUAUUGUCCCUAUUAUUCACGUCCAUGAUAUGGCAAGUGCCUUGGUGAAUAUUGCUGAUAAUCCUCCCAAAGUGCGAUACCUCAUUGCGAAAGAUGAUUCACAGUCACCUUUAGAUGAAAUUGUUAAGGUAGGUCUGGUAUAUUGGUUUUGAACGAUCUGUGGCCGACAGUGGUGUGACUUUACUUUUUUUGACCACCUGUUGGACAUGAAAAUUAGUUGCCCUGAAUAAAAUUCACUUGCCAUCAGACAGUGGCCACUGGGGUACCUAGGUAGGGGGUAUAAAUUAAGGCGACAACAUGUCGACCCGUUCUCCCACUGUUCUAUAUGGCUAUGUUACAGUAUACUGCCCAGUCUAGCUUUGGCCCACAAAAACAAAAAUUGAAUCAAGUACAUGCACUAUAAAAAAUUUAUCCGACAAUGAAAACAUAAACUUUUGCCAAUGAAAACAUAAAGAUGCUCAGCUUUUUGUGGCAAGGCAACUUGCCCAAUCGGGCAAGCCAGAUACAACGUUUACUUGCCCGUCAUGAUAUUCACUUGCCCCCCGGGUUACACUUCUGUGUGCCAGUCACAGAUGAAGUAAUUACAGAUAUGAAUCUCUCGGCAAAUUAUGUCACACCGAAUAAAUGAACUUUAAAAUUGUAUUAAUUCACUAUUUUAUUAAAUUUUGAUAAUGCAGAGGAAUAAAACUAUACAUAUUAUAGAAGUAUUCAUGUUUUUUUUUAUGCGAGAGUUAUGUUUUGAGGCAUUUAUAUCAUUCGCUGUUUUGUUAUUUAUACAUGAGCAUCUGAAAUUCCCAGCAAGUGUAUUUCACGAUUUUAAUAAGGAGUAGACAGGGAAAAAAACAAACUUUUGCUAAAUAAAAUGUUAUAUUAACACUUUUAAUAAAAAGAAAUCAAUAAAAGUGAUCGCUUACCGUUACUCUUGAAGAAUUAAUUCCAAAAAUAGCCGUCGGUAGCGUAGAUUUUUUAAAAAAAACAAUUUUUCGUCUUUCGAACGGCGUUUUCCUAUCACUUUCCUUAUUAAAUUUCAGAACGACACUUGCCAGCGCUCGCCGGAAGUGAGAAUUCCGUGUGACACAAAACAAUCAGCAAUUUGACGGGAGAUUCAUAUCUGUACUUACCUCAUCUGUGGUGCCAGUGUUGGUAAUGGCAAUGAUAAGAAAGCUUCGGAUUGAUAGGGAUACAACGGAUUGAUAGGGAUACAACUGCCUGAAAAAUACAAGGAGAAUUUCAGCUUUUCGAGCGAAGACCCUUCUUCCUGACGAAGAGCCUUCGCUCGAAACGUCGAAGUUGACUACUUGCAUUUUCAGGUAGUUGCAUCCUUUUCAUCUGAAGCUUUUUAGGAUAUACAGGCCUUAAAAUAUCUUUUACAGGGCCGUCUGACAAAAUGUCCGUUGACGUUGAGUUUGGGUCGGACAUAUGUCUGAUGACCUUCAGUUCAGUUUUGAAUCGGAAAUAAGUCCGAAUGACACAAAUGAAUAUCAGCACAAUGUAUUAAUUCUGAACGGUAAAUGUUGUGAAGAUAUUAAAUAAUUUGUUUCUUUCAUACUUAUUUCCAAGCCAAAAUUAACUUGUUUCCAGAACAGCACUAUUAAAAGAGACUUCGAGAACUUCAGCUCGUUUUCCACUUCACCAUUUCGCUCGCCGCCCCGCCCUCGACUACGUUAAAACAUUUCCAGUUCACUUUUUAUACAAUAGUACUCUGAUUUUCCAUUUAACAUACAAGCCUCUAGUCCUGGGCUAUAGGUACAUUUUGAUUUACGAUGGACAAAGCUACAGUUAGGUCGGACACAAAUACACUUAGGUCGGACAAACAAUAAACCUCAGUUUCACUUAGGUCGGACAGAAUGUCCGGUGGUUUCCUCUCUACGUCGGACAAUUUAACGAAUGGGUCGAACAAUGUCCGUGACCGACCGAUAUUUUAAGGCCUGGGAUAUAGGUGCGUGUUCUUAGAAGGAGGCUGGUAUGCACACCUCAUCCCCUCCCAAAGUGCAAUAUACUUCAUUGAAAUUAUCAACUGAAGUAGGUCUAAGCAAUUAGCCAUUUCCCAAAGUCCUGGGUCUAGUCGCGCGAAUCCCAUGUUGGAGGGACAAGAAAUAUGGCAGCACACAUUUAAAUUAAAUGUUUAAUGUAAAAAGGAGAUAUUUCAUUUUUGGUCGUCUAAAAAGUUGAUAUUUGAUAGUAGAUACUUCUACUCUUUCACAUAUUUGACGCCUGACACCAUAUAUUUUGUACCUCCAAACGAUCCCAGAAUGCACUGUGAUUUUUUUUUGGGGGGAAGGCUAAUUGGAAAGUAGGCAACAAAAAAAAAGCUAAUUGGAAAGUAGGCAACAUGUGUUGCUAUUCUAAGCAACACAUGGUUUACGUGAUGAACAACCCCGUCCCAUGACUAUAUUGUUCGGUUGAUAUUUGUGAUCCAGCCACAAUCACCGUUGGAUUAAAUUGGUAUGUUGAAAACACACGUCAUUUUGGGUGCCCAUCCCUCCAAAUAAGUAUAAGUAUGAUGUGGUGAGAUGUGCACAUAUCUUGUUAUACGAAAGCUACAACUACCUAAAGAAUACAAACAGAACUUCGACGUUAGUGGCCUUCAACUCAAAACGUCGACCAUCUCCUUGUAUUGGCACUACGGCCACUACUUACACUGGCACCGUUCAAGGUUACAUCUCUUGUUAUAGGCUGUCAGUCGUAUCCUGGGCAAUGGAAAAGUUCAACAUGUUUCCAAAGAAGAAGCAUUACUUAUUAAAGAUCUUCAGGUGCGUCAAUAAUUUUAUACAAGAUACUACAGCUGUUCGUAUUAUUGGUGGUGAACUGGUCAGAGCAAGCGUCUUUCACCUCCGUGAUCGUGGGUUUCAUUCUCGCUGCGGACUCAAGAUAUUUAUGUGAAAACAGUCAGUCAACGCUCUACCGAAAGUCGUGGGUAUUCUCGGGGAACUCCGGUUUCCUCCCACAGAGAAUGUUGACAGGGUGGGUCAAGGAUUUAGCGCCCUAUAACGGACUCUUUCUAACGCCGUUAGAAAGCCUUGAACUGGAUCAGAUUUGAGUUGCGUCUUUCGCAAUUCAGCUAGCUGUAGCUCUCAGCCGCAAGUAUGAAUGAUUAGCACACCUCCGUGACACAUUAGCGAAGCCAACCCGACAAAUGACAAAUGAAAGUAAUUUGGGAAACAAAUAUCCAUUCGUGUACGCAAGCCAUUUUUUUCAUUAAAAAUUUAACCAGUCAUGCGUGUCCGAUAAGCGAUAAUAUUUGCGGUCAAGCUGAAAAAAAUACCGGUUCAUUACGGUGACCUGUGACUAGAACUUAGUUCAAGGCCUGGUACAAUAUCCUAAUACACUGACAGUGUAUUGUUGUGGAUAAAUUUAUAAUUAUUUAUUAUUAAAUAUAAUUUUAAAAUACUUACAGCAAGCAGAUUUUGAUAUGUUGUUGGUGAACCUUCGGAUGGACGCAGGUUUUGUCCGAGAAGGGAUGAACAUUAAUUGGAAAGGAGAGGUGAGAUUUAAUUUGGUCACAGAAUAGAGACAAACAGAAGGUCGACUUCUUGGUUUUUCCUAUGAUUUUGGCGUAAUCGUAAUUUGUCAUCAAAAUGCGGCUGACAUGCCAUAGUCCUAGCCAGUGCACUUAUGAGAGGCAUUCACCCUUUGGUAAUAUUCAAAAUGGCGGACGUCCAGGGGGGUGAAUGCCUCAUAAGCGCACUGCCUAGGACCAUGGCGUCAGCAUUUUCAUGACGAAUCAUUGCGAAUCAUGGCGUGGCAGUGGUUACGCUUUUUGGUUGAGUUGAGCUUCUGUGUGUCUUUAUUCUGUGACUUGGUCCACCCACCUUCCUCUGUUGCAAUUUUCACACCAAAUAAGCUUGAGAUAAAAAUGGCUUUCCAGGAGAGAAUGACCAACCCCAGUUGGUAAAUUUUUGGAAUAUAUAGUUUUGGAGAAAAUUUAUUUUUCACUUAUGCGCUUUCUCGCUUUGUAGACGGGUUUGAUCGACAACAUUGAAGCUGUUAUACAAGAGUACAAGCAAGCCAGAGGAUUACAAGUAAUGAAAUAUUUCUGUAAAACUUUGCAUACCCUCACUUGACUUUUAUGUACUAUUUAAAAAACGAGCAGGAGUGUUUUAUUAGGUUUAAAGCCACGAGCGCGCAGCGCGAGUGGCUUUAGACCUAAUAAAACACGACCUGCGAGUUUUUUAAAUGGCUUCAAAAACGUUUUGCAUAAUAAGUCAAAUCUUUAUAUAAAAAUCUUUAUAUAAAAAUCUUUAUAUAAAAAUCUUUAUAUAUUUUGCAUAACAAUGGUCUUUUGUUAAAGCUUUCUUUAGCUGGUAUAAAGACGUAUGCACGUGACUAAUUUCUUACUCAAGAUUGGAUAAUUGCUUCUUGAAUUAUUAAUGAGUUUUUGAAAUAUUUAUACUAAAUAUACGUCUAUUUAUACUAUUAUUAGUUAUUAUUUGUCUGAUUUAUACUAUUUUCUCAUUGUUAUCUUUAGCCAAUCCGUGCGUGUGUGCUGGGUCCACCUUCAUCUGGUAAAACUCUGGUGAUCAGACAAUUGUGUAAACGAUAUAAACUUCAUCACAUUUUGAUUCAGGAGGUUAUUGACGAAGCCAUCACUAAAAUGGUAAGUUAAUCGUUUUAGGCAUUAAUUUAGCCUAUAGCCCAUAUAAUUAUUACAUCAUCGGGGCGUUUGGGGAAAAAGUCACCUGGAGAAUAUCCAAGCAGGACAUAGACCUAAGGAGAACGACUAUGAAUCUAAUGUACCGUAGUUUGUCAGGGACGUAGCGAAGCUUUGAGGGAUGUAGGGGUCAAAUUAUCUGAUUUUUUUAAAAUUACGUUUUGCGUUAUACCUAAAAGCAGUGUUUGAAAUUCAACGUGGUUUUCUCAUGACUACACUCAAGUAUCAGGGGUUUCUUUCGAAAGAAUAUAUUAGAGUGAUGGAUACGGGGCUAAGUCUAUCAGAGGAUUUGUGGGGGGGAUGCUCCCCAGAGAAAAUUUUGAAUAUUUACACCCCCGGAAAUGCAACUAACUUUAAACGUCCACGUUUGCCUGUCAAUUCUCUCAUCAUUUACCUGAAAAUCAUCUCUAAAUUUACCUGAAAUUACUCAUGAACAAUUAUUAGGGGUUACACCCGCCCUCCCCUCACACACACCGCAAUUUGCGAAUGCUACUUUGCCCGUCACCAUGCUUAUGCCCCCUCUUUCUUUGAAACUUGAGACCUCUCUGGCGCUCUAGAUCCAAUUCUUUGUGAUAUAUUGUAGGAACAAAGUGCUGCGAGGGCAGACGCGGAUGGUGAUGAAGAAGAUGACGUAAAAGCUGAAGAAGACAGAGAAUUGUUAGACGCUCUAGCUGAAAAUAAAGAACAGAAUAAUGGUAAUAAUGUCAUUUUUUCACCGCUCUUACCUCACUUGACUUCCAUGCUUAUAACAGCCGCAUUAUCAGCAAGCGUACUUCAUCACGAACAGCUAUUUUUCCCUGCAUCACGUUUAUCAUCAGAGAAUGCUUUCACAAUAUCAUCACAUUCAUUAGUGUCGUCAGGGCCGCCGAGAGGGGGCAGGCAAAUUGCCCCAGGCCCCUAGAAAUUUUUUGUUGGGCCCCAGUCAUUUUUUGGGGUGAAAUAUUUCCGCGCAAAGGGCAAGACGGGUAUGAAAAAUUGAGGUAAAGUCGCUGGAAAGCAAUUACAACGUACUCGUCGGAAAAAUUUUGUCCCUAAAAAGUUGUCGACUUUGUAGUUGUUGAAAAAUAUUUUUUCCGGAAAAAAAUUUGAAAUAUAAAAAAAAAUUUGCCCCGGGCAUCCACCAAGCUCUUGGCGGCCCUGAGUGUCGUUAUCAUCACAAGCAUCAUCAUCAGAAUCGUCACCUCUAUCAAACAUCAUCACCGUGAUAGUCCUCAAUCACUAUUAUCUUGAUCAUCACUGUCAUCAUCGUAUAACAUUAUCGUCUUCAAGAAAUCAUCUAUCCAACUCCAAAAGUGUUGCCAAAAAUGGUGACAGAAUAACAAUUUUGGAGUUGAUUCACUUGAAAUUUACAGUGUAGUGUUUAACACCGACUCGGUUCCCACAAACAUUUUUUGCAAAUCUUUCAAACUUAAAAUUUACCUACCGUAUACAAAAUUUCUACUGUGAUCAUAGAAACUUUGAUGAUGUAAACCUGCCUUUACUCAUGUAUAUUUGAUUCAUAAUUUAUAUAGGCCGUUACGACGAUAACUACAUCAUAAGGUUUUACAAGAAUAGACUGCAUUCGAUGCCUUCUCAAAACCAGGUACACAAUACUACAUAUACCAGAUAAACUUACUGUACACCAAACACAGGGAAAAAUGUCAAAUCCAUACUAUGAAAUUAGCAUUUGCACCACUAAAUCCAUAGUGUAUCCAUACUAUGUCGAUACUAUAUUCAUAGUAUGGAAAUAUACAAUUAUUAUGGAUAAUCAAAAUCCAUUCUAUUUCCAAUAAAGGCCCAUACAAUUUCCAUUCUAUGGCCGAUUUUCAAUUUUUUCCAGUGAAAUAUUCGGGAUAAAAUAAGUCAGACUUUUCCGUUUUUUCGUGCCCUGUACAUAUAUCUGAUCAGGCAUGCUGCAAUUUUAGGGAUUCAUUCUUGAUGGUUUUCCAAAAACGUACGAAAUGGCUCGAGAACUCUUUCAAGGUGAGAUGACUGAUUAACCCAUUAAUGCAUUACGUCCUACUUUAUUAUUUUACUCUUUGUAAACACUAGAUUAUUUUACUCUAUCUAUCAGUAUGUAUUAUUAUUAUGUCUUUCUUUGUUUGCUAUAGCUGAUGAUGUUGAAGAGGAAGAAGACGGUGAACCUCCAUUGAAAUAUAACAAGCAAAUAAUGCCUGGUAAGAAAUGUGUACUUACUGUGGGACGAACCACUUUCCGGUGGACAGCGCUAUCCUAGCGGCCUCUAAAAGGCCCACUAAGGAAAAUUUUCCGCAGAAAGAAAAUUUUGUAAAAUGUGAUUGGUCGACACAAAUUUUGCGUCGGAAAAAAAUUAUGUAGUUGAAAAUUUCCAACUUUUAACGAUGAUAUUUUCGAAAAAUUUUCUGUUCGUGGAAAUUUUUCUUGAGUGGAAUUGGGCCUUAAGAGAUGCCUAAUAACGUCAAAUUUAUUUGCCUAUUUUAGAGAUCGUCGUGUCUUUGGAUGCUACAGAUGAUUUUCUUAAAGCAAGAGUCAUGAAUUUACCAGAAUCUGUUGUUGCUGGAACACAUAACACAGAGGAUGGUAGGUUGAUAUUUAACAAAUAUAAAACAUUUUCCGUGUUGAUAUACAGUUAUAUCAACACGAGUGGAAAUUGGGAAAACGAGAAAUUGUGUGGAAACACGACGCCCGAAGGGCGGAGUGUUUUCACAAAAUUUCGAGUUUUCCCAAUUUCCACGAGUGUUGAUACUGUAUAACUGUAUAUCAAUACGGAAAUGUUUUAUAUUUGUUUUAUAAUAUAGCACAAAGAAACAUAAAGAAAGAAAUUUUCCGACGUUUCCGUGUUGACAUUGAGCUAUAUCAACACGGCUCUUAGCCAAUCAGCGUUCAGAAUUUACAAAUGCUAUAUUAUAAAUCAGUAUAUAUAAUAUGUAUGUUGUAUGUAUGUUUAUGCUCUGUAUUCUGUACUCUACUCAGUGUAUUGAACUGCACUGUAGUAUGUACUAUGCUUUACUGUGCAGUAUUUCACUGCAUGUCUGGUGCGUUCACUAUGCAGCUAACGACCGUAUGCCAUGGGCGGAUUUACUGGGGGUUAUGGGGUGUUUUACCCCCCUAGAAUCUCUCUAACCCCUCUUAUAAAGUGUUCAACCCAACCAAAAUUUGUGUGAAAGUCUAACCUUAACGCCUAACCCCUGCCGAACCUCACUCGAUCAGUUGUGCUGCUUGCACGUACCCACUAGAAAUUUUGUCCACCCCUCCUUUAAAAAAAAUGAAAAUCCGCCCUUGCCGUAUGCUGUUACCUCUUUCAUUGCCAUCAAAUUCCUUUCAGGUCUUCUCAGACGUUUGGCAGAAUUCCGUGCAGUGAACACAGAAGAUGAAACUGUUCUUAAUUAUUUUGAUGAACUGGAAAUUCAUCCCGAUCAUAUCGGUAUGACUAACAAUUCUGUGCGUUGGCCGCUGUUUUCUGUUUAAUAUAUUUGGAGUUUCGACCUGACUCCUUCAAAAUCUUCAGAUAUUAUUACACAUCCGCUGAUCGUAUUUUACAGAUAUCACCCAAGAUAGCAGUCCGUUGAUGACAAAUGUUGUUGAACAGAUCGUAAAGCUGAUUGGCGAACCAAGAAAUUAUGGUACACCCAUGUUUAAAUCCGAAUUGAAAUUUGUUGGGUUUUUUUCAUUUCCAUUUCCACUUUCUUCUUGUAGUGAUAAUGUAAACAGACUCGACUUAAAACUGCAUGCCUAUUAUACUGACAAUAUUCAUGCUUUCUAGGUCCUACUCCUGAAGAAUUGAUUGAAAUUCAACGGAUUGAGGCUGAGAAACAGGUACUCUAAAUCAUACCUAAUUUCAUGAAAUUUUUAUCACUGCAUGUUCCAUAACCAAUAUGGUGUCUCGGCGUUCGGUGACUACUGGUAUAGUACCGCUUUAGUUUGGCUGAAAGUACAAAUAUGGCUGCCCACUAAAAGCAAACCAUGACAAGAAUGUUUAUCGCACACAAUUCUUUGAAAAACACUCGAAUAUUUUAUUUACAUGCAUUUAUGGAAUAUACACAAUAAGGCCAAAAUAUCGGGUUUUGUUUGAUUUACGAAAGACGAACUAAUGCGAAAGCAUUUGCCAAGAAUGUUUUCAUUAAUCAAGAACGAAAGUUAGUAGCCCGCGUGCAGGCCCAGGGAAGAAUAGAAAGUUAGAGGAUCGAAGACGAUCAGAUACCGUAAACCAUAAACGAUUCUAACCAUAAAAGAUGCCGACUAGACAAAAAUUUCAUCACAGCUUGAAAGAGCAUCACAAAAUUAGUAAUAUUCCAAAGUUUCGAUGCGAAAUGUUGUAAAAUGCGGAUAAUAUAGCCUUGCGAAAUUUGCAAUUUUCUGUCAUUUUGUAUUACAAACGGGAAAUUGAUGCCCCAACACCCGAUUGGGCUGUCAAUUUUCCGUGCGUAAUACAAAAUGACGAACAACGGCAAACUUCGCAAGGCUAUAUUAUCCGCAUUUUACAACAAUUUCGCAACGAAACUUUGGAAUAUUACUAAUUUUGUGAUGCUCUUUCAAGCUGUGAUGAAUUUUUUGUCCAGAUCAAAAUUUAGUCUAUAAUGCAAAUGGUCCAUUCAUGAACGUUUGGAAGUUUGCUUUGGAUUUUAGGUUAACCUAUAUAUAUGGUUUAUCUAAUCGGCUUUCGAACAAUAUGUCCCUGUGUGUCUAUUUACCAAAACGUCAAGCCAAGUAUAGAUCUAUAAUCUCCAGUGUAUAGAUCUAAUCACUGUCGUGAACAUAUUAUGAAAGACCAAGCUUGCAACAAUUUGAUAAUACUUGUACCUUCCGUGUAUUUCAUAGCUUGAAAAGGAACGAAGAGAAAAAGAGGAGAGAAUUCGUAAAGAGGCAGAAGAGGCUACCGAACGGGCAAGGAAUGAAGAGGAAUGGGUAUGAGUAUUUAGUAUUGUCAUUUACUAUCAACAAAACGUUGUUACGAAACUCUUGUGCCCUGCUGCCCCCCCCCCGCUGCGUACGGCCCUUUGUAGUCGAAAUACUUAUUAUGAUCGACGGGAAAAGUAGGGUUUCCAACCAGGGAAAGUCAUCACUACCGAUCACCAUGAUCAGGAACUUUGGGAACGUUAUUUCAGGCCCUGGGUAUAAACUUUCCGUCACCAUUUGUAGAGAGUACGUCUAACGGAAGUAAAGAAAGAGGAACAGGAAGUACUGGAAACUCAAUCCAUCCCAUUGAGGAAUUAUCUCAUGAAACAUGUCAUGCCAACAUUAUCUCAAGGUCUUGUUGAAUGUACCAAAAUACGACCAGGUGAUCCCGUUGAUUUCUUGGUAAGUUUUCACCAUCAUUUAGUUAAAUUUUUCUGGGUGCUUUUUUGUAAAAAGCGACUCCUCCCUCGAAUAACCAAUUUUCAGUGACCAGAUUUGAUAAAAAAUAGUAAUGAAAUUUGUUUAGUAAUGUUUUGGUAAAUUUUUAAACAUCUUUAUUCGUUGCUUAAAAUUCGUGUCUGAAUGGUUUCUUGUGUAAUACUGUUGAGGCGCUAACUCUAGCCUGCAAAACCCGCAAAUUUCAAACAUGGAAUGUUACCGCAAACCGGGUGGGAGCGAAAUUUGGUAAAAUAUUUCUCGAUUUAGUAAAUUUUGAACACAAAGUUGUAAUUCACUGUCUAUUUUAUUGCAUUGCAUUGCAUUGCAAAUGAUUUUAAUCGGUCGUUCUUAAUCACUGUUAUUUUACUUCUUUUAGGCUGAAUACCUUUUCAAAAACAAUCCACAAAUUGAUUAAGUUCCAGUCGUUGUUUUGAUGUUAUUUACUUUGUAAGAAAAUAUUGUAACAUAGAAAUUUUUGUUAAAGUCUAAUAUUUAAAUUGAUUAUCAAAAGGGUACAAGGUG